AUGGGGUUUCCCAUAAAGUGUCCACCCUAUACUACCCUCAAACCAAUGGCCUGGCUGAGCUUACACAAGACGCUAAUAGGGAUGUCUCUGUAUCAGAUCAUCUAUGAGAAGUCCUGUCACGUUUCAAUGGAACUGGAGCACAAAUCAUACUGGGCGGUUAAGAGCUACAAUGCUGAUUUGGAGGAAGCUGGCCUGAAUCGACUCCUUCAAAAUCAAGAACUUGAAGAAAUAAAGUUAGAUGACUACAACAGCUCAGACAUCUACAAGCACAAAACUAAGCUUGUUCACGAUGCCAACAUCUUGAGAAAGCAGCUAAAGAAGGGUGACAAGGUGUUGAGGUAUCAAGCUUGA